AACAAACUCCAACUUUCAGAGACAACCCAGUCUCUCAAACUCCACGCCACGAGCAUGACCUGAACGACGGCACGAACCCCCCAAUCAUCCACCCCUCGCGCCCACGCGCGCAUUCCCCGCAGUACUGCUGGAAUACGAACCCGCCGAAACGGGCGCCGCCGAACCAUGCGACUCUUCCUCCUCCCCGUAUCCACGCGACGGACCCUGAUCUACUGCGAGCGCAUGCACGACAAGCUUGCGAGCGAGCGCAGCUACCUCGACAAACUCACCAACAAAGCUAAUGAGACGUGGGCCAGCUGGGAAAAGGACGAGAAGAGUAUCGCCAACUGGAAAAAAACCGUCACUGUCUACGGCAACAAGGCCUUCAAGAGGAUUCCGUUCGAGGAAUGGGGCUUGAAGACGGUGCCAGCGCUUACAGCCAAGCGGCGGAAGCUGGAGCUGGAGGGCAAGGAGAAGGUCGAGGUGAUCUUUCCCAAGCGGUUUGUGCAUGAGGAGAGGGUGCCUGGCAUAUUGCAGCAGCUGGCGACGGAGCGUCAGGCGCUGCAUAAGAAGACGAUGAUAGGCAGCAUUGUUGCCAUGCCUUUUACGGCUCCCUUUAUGUUGAUACCUGUGAUACCAAACAUACCUUUCUUUUACCUCGUGUUCCGCGCAUAUUCGCAUUGGAAAGCUUUGACUGGCUCGAAGCACCUACAAUUCAUCUUGGAAAACAAACUCCUAAAACCUGUCCCCUCCUCAGAGCUCGACGAGGCUUAUGCUGCGGGGCUCAUGUACCCUACCCGCGAAGCAUCGCGCACCGCUCCACUCCCUACCCAGGAACAAGUGUAUGAGAUAUCCAGCGUCGUCGGCAAGCAAACGAACGAUGGCUCCGAAGACGUCAUGGUAUUACAGCGGUGGAAUGGCAAGCUGAUAGCUGAACGGUUCAAGCUUCCAGAGAUGGAGAUUGAGAUAGAAAGAGCAGUAGAGCAGGUAGAGACAGCGAUAAAGGGCAAGGAAGAAUUGCUCGAGGAGAAGCGCGAGCUUGAGCGAGCGACUGCUUCUCCGGACAAUGUGCAAACCAAAGAGCCCGCAGAUACGAAGACGCCGUCAGAGAAAUUUGGGGAAACAUUGCGGGAGAAGAAAAAUGAUAUCCCAAAGCGGUGACACAUCGUUCAGAAAACUUUGUAUCAUAAGGUGUAAGACCGCUCAACUUUUUGGUGUAGAGACAUGAACAUAACGCAUACUAAUCAAAACCCUGUUAUCACUC